AUGAAGGUGAUCCACCACGGGGCUCGCAAGAACGUCCCGGGGGCCGACCUCCUUCGGCUGCCCGGACUUGACGCUCACCGAACGGCGCCGGCACCGAGCGACUCUCCGGAGGAAACGUCGUCGUCGCCGCCGCCACCGGGCGCCAGGCUGCGCUUGUCAAAGGCCAACAAGGGCGCGAUGGUCAAAGUGGUCCGGCGGCACCUGUCCCCUCAGACUCCCCGUCUGGAGAGUCUGGAGGCGGCUUGGAGCGGCCGAGUCCCGCGCAGCCCGGAGCUGAGGGGCGGCGAGCGGGAGGAAGGUCACGCCGGGCGGCCUCCCCGCAGCCGGAAGAAAGGAUUCAAACCCCCCGACGUCAGGACCAUCUUCACCCCCGGGGAAAGGGAUCCCCGAGUGAAGGAGGAGUCCGGGGAGGGCCACAGCUUCGGAGCCGGCGGGGAGGGCACCUGGUGCGACGUGUGCUGCAAAUACAUCUUCCAGAAGGGGCUCACCUGUGCAGGCUGCAAGUACGCGUGUCACGCCGCCUGUCGAAGCCGCGUGAGUCUCGACUGUCACCCCGCCGCGGUCGCGGUGCCGCUGGCGACGUCGCCCGUCACUCAGGACCGGCUCAACAACAACCACGGCGACCCCGCGCCGCCAACGCAUGAUGUGGACAAGGAGAGCAAGCUGCGCACAGAGUUCAGCCGAGAAGAAAUCGGGCAGAAGAUCGAGGAGUACAACACGCUGACCAGAGACCACCUCAAAAUGACCCUGGCUUCCAGCGGCGUGUACACGGGUUUCAUCAAGGUCCAGAUGGACCUGCGGAGGCCGGUGACGGUGCGCGCCGGCCGGAGGGCACCGGCGGCGGGAAGCGGGGACGCGGCGGCGGGGGCCGGCGAGGCUUUCUACCUGCCCAGGGGAGUCAGCAACACCCUGCACAUCAGCUCACACAACACCGUCAGACAGGUGAUCGUGGCCCUGCUCAAUAAAUUCACCGUCGCCGACAACCCCGCAAAGUACGCCCUGUACAAACGAUAUCGGCGAGAGGAGCAGGUGUAUGUGUGUAAAUUGUCAGAUGGCGAGCAGCCGCUGUUUCUCCGUCUGGUGGCGGGACCCGACGACGACACGCUGGGCUUCGUCCUGCGGGAGCAACAGACCGGGGAAGUCUUGUGGGACGCCUUCUCCAUUCCGGAGCUGCGCAACUUCCUGCGUAUCCUGGACAAGGAGGAGGAUGAACAGAAGGAGGCGCUGCUGCGUCGAUACGACCUCUACCGCCACAGACUGAAGGAGGCGCUGCGAGAGGUGCGGGGAGGCGCCCCAUAAAACUCGGAAGAGCCACCCCCCCCAGCCCCCUCCCCCAUAAUGUGGCGAAGAAGAGGCGUGUGGACUUUUCGGACUGAUGUGCCAUGAAGCUUACAAAAGACUUAUUUAAUUCCCUCACUACACUCUGCACAGAUUUUAUUUUCCUAAUUUAUAUGGGGUGGAGCUUUUUCAUUUUAGUUCAGCACAGGCGGUGUAAACAAUCACCAAGCAGAGAAGAGGAAAGCAACAAAGAGCAGGACGUUAAGAUGGGAAGAUGAGAAAGUUGGAUUGGAUGGAAGACUUGAGCACGCCCUCGGGAUGAUUGUGCUUUGCAUGGAGCGGAUUCAGGAGGUAGAUGACGCGGGAUAGAGAAAGUAGAAUAGAAACGUCACUCAGUAGAAGACCGAAAAGCAUCUGAUAGCGUUUGGCGAUACCGUGGCCCAUCUGCCAAGCGAACGCUGAUGAUCUGUCGAGGAACACCCACUGCACUGCACGCCUCUUUUUGGGCGGGAUGACGGAAUUGUGAUCAACAGCCAAGCGAAAUAAGGCAUGAAAUGUGCGUGAAGUUGGGCUUUUGAGUGUAUUUUUAGUUUGAAUCCAAAAUGUGCUUCUACCUUAAGCUACGCAUCUUAGGUUCAUCCUGAAAUUUCGCCCAACUUUUUGUGAGUAAUGUGGAGGCUAUGGGGGGGUGAUUAGCCGAGAAAAACGCGGCGACGACGCCAACUCGUCUCUCUUAGUUUUGUAUUCUUUUUCUUAUAUUCGCUCGAUGUAACCAAAGAUUAUUUUGUGGUGUUGCCUGGUGCAAAAAAAAAGAAAAGGAAAAAAUAGUAGAUGCAGAAUAUAUCGAAUAGAGGUUUAUUUAAGUGAUUUCUAUGUCUAUUAAACACUGGCUUUACACGGAAGCACCGAAUGGUCAGAAGCGGAACGAAAGGGGGCAUUAUGACAUUUUUAGAUGGUUACAGGCUCGGUCAAGAUAACGGGGCAUUUAGGCGAUUGUUUUUCUAGUUUUCUUUUUAAUGCUGGAUGGUAUAAUUUGCAAGUUUGUUUUUAUUUUGGCCUUUCUGUGCUUCCGUAUUUGAUUUGAACGUCUCUAUGGAAACACGUAUCACGCCUGGUGUGUUAUUGUUGUAAGCUGAACUUGACAUCAGUUGUAUCAACUUCAAGUCUUACGUUUUUGUUUUUGGGGGGCACUUUAAAUGAUUGAAAUACAGGGUCGAUGGGUUGUUUUUUUUGGGGGGGGGGCUUUGUACGCGAUGUUAACUCUUUGUUUUGAUCAAUUCAAAUCCUAUUUUUAUUCUUUUUGAAUGGCUUUCGUAUGCAGCCAUUUAGAGAGUAGAGUAUACACUGAAUCAGUUCUUAUUGUGUUACUAUGGCAACGUGUGAUCCAAAGGCUGUUUUAUUGUUUUGGAACUGGACAUUCAACAAGUGUGAGGCGAUGAGAGACGUCGAGCAGCUUGUCAUCCCAAUUCUAAUGGACGUUGAUUUAUUGCUGAUUUCAAAGCCUUUAAGCCAUAUUCAAGGAAGAAGUUAGUCCGUCAGAAAACCUCAGCAGUGCCUUUCUAUUUUCGUUCAAUAGCAUCUGCAGAAAAAAAAUGUUGUAUUUUGUUGUAAUGGUCACCUUCCGCUGGAAAGGAGAGCUGUGCAGCUAUUAAAAUGACAUUUAAAUUAAGAACAA